UUUCUUUCAGAACGUAAACCUUUGUCUCUACCAAAUUGAAAGAGAGUCCUAGUUCAAAGGACACAGGACAGUGUUACCUUUGCUGCCCCCUUACUGCUGUGCUAGCUAGUCUCACUUCCUGGCAGAGACACUGUGCUUGAGCUUUUGCGUUGUGAACCUACAUCUCUUCUUCUGAGUGUUGUUUGGAAAAACAAUGCUCCUACAUUCACGUGGCUUAAACAUGGUGCAGUCUUGUAGGAAUGCCUCUCAUAGAGCCAAGGACAAAAUCAGCUCCACCGCUUCUGUUCUAUGUGUUUAAAAAAACAUUUCCAAAUAACCAAUAAUUUUUGAAAAUCAGAGAAUAGAAGGACUUUUGUUAAAGAGCCCUAGCCUUCUCCAUUCUACUCCUUCUACUGCAGACUGAAUGUUUGUGUCGCUGCAGAAUUCGUAUGUUGAAGCAUAAUCGCUAGUGUGAGUGUAUUUGGAGGUGAUUAGGUCAUGAGGGUGGAGCCUUCGUGAAUGCUGAGUCCCUUUUAAACAAGACCCCAGGGAGCUCCCUUGCCCCCCGUGCCACGUGAAGACACAGAAGGCACCGUCUAUGAGCCAGGAAGCAGGUCCUCACCAGACGCCAAAGCUGCCAGUGCCUUGAUCUUAGACUGUGAGAAAUAAAUUUCUGUUGCUUAUAAGCCACCCAGUCUAUGGUAUUCCAUUAUAGUGGCCCAAACACAGACACGCCCCCCUCCCAGGUGCAGCCACAUUGAUUCUUUUCUUGGCUUCUGUUUUAGUUAUCUUCCUGAUUACUGUUGCGUUUCUAAAGUAUCGUGUUGAUCAAUUCAGACUUUUCUAAGCCUCAUGAGGAGAUAGCUCACUUAAACCAACUCCAUCUUCUUUUUCCCUUAUCAGUGUAGUUAUAUCACUGUUUUUAAUUCUUGUAUUGGUUAUCUUUAUAACUUAAAAAAUUAAGCUUAGGGCUUCCCUGGUGGCGCAGUGGUUGAGAGUCCGCCUGCCAAUGCAGGGGACACGGGUUCGUGCCCCGGUCCGGGAGGAUCCCACAUGCCGCGGAGCAGCUGGGCCUGUGAACCAUGGCCGCUGAGCCUGCGUGUCUGGAGCCUGUGCUCCGCAACGGGAGAGGCCACAGCAGUGAGAGGCCCGUGUACCACAGAAAAAAAAAAAAAAGAAAGAAAUAGCCUUAGGAUUAGUGCAUAUUAUUGUGCAAGUUAUAUCUGGUAAAAGUUUUGUUUUUAAAGGAAAAAAAAAUUCAUUAGAUAGUGACUCUCUGUACCUUAAAGGAUUGGUAAAACUUGCUUGUGAAAAUGCCUGGGUUUGGUGCCUUUUCCCCUCUUUGGAAGAAGGGAUGGGAAUGGUUCUUUUUAUUAUCUGUUUAGUUUCUUUAAUAGUUAUUGUGAUAUUCAAGAUUCCUGUUUCUUCUUGAGCUAUGUUUGGUAAUGUGUGGUUUCUGAGAAAAAUAUUUUCCUCUAAGUGUUCAAAUUUAUUUGGCAUAAACGUUAUUUGUAACGUUUUCUUACUAUUUUACAAUUACAAUUGUGAACUUUUUCAUUUGGAGUAUUAUUUGUGUGUGCCUGUCAUUUUUAUUAGACUUGCAAAGAUGUUUCCAUUUUAUUAGUCUUUUCAAUGAACCAGCUUUUGGUUUCAUAUGCUAUUGUAUGUUUGCCUUCUGUUUUAUUAAUUUCUGCUUGUACUAUUAUUCUCUUUAUUUUGAUUGGCUUCUACCUUCUUGAGUUGAAUGCUUAAUCCAUUUCUCUUUUUCUUUUUUUCCAUUCCUUCUUCAAGAAUUUAUUGGCCAUUUACUUUGUGCUAGGAACUGUGGAGGAUAUGGCAAAAAAAGCGGUCGUAGUAAAAAAUGGAGGGAGAUGCUGAAGCUGCCCCCCGUCAGCCAGUGCAGCACGCUUCGACGUUCGAUUGAGAAGGAGUAUAGCAGUCUUUGUGACAAGCAGCCAAUUGGAAGACUUCUCUUCAGGCAGUUCUGUAAUACAAAGCAUGAUCUAAAGAGGUGCAUUGAGUUCCUGGAUGCAGUGGCGGAAUAUGAAGUGGCUGCUGAUGAGGACAGAAGAGAUUGUGGGCUCCUGGUCUUAGACACAUUCUUCAUUGAGGAGAGUUCGGCAACCCCUCUACCAGAAAUACCGGCCCACGUCGUGCAGGAGUGCAGACUACAGCUGCAGGAGGACCCUUCCAAAGACGUCUUCAAGGAGUGCACUCGAAUUGUCCAUGACUAUUUCAGUGGAGAAUCAUUUGAAGAAUACCAAGAAAGCUCAUAUUUUUCUCGAUUUUUACAGUGGAAAUGGCUGGAAAGGCAACCAGUAACAAAGAACACAUUUAGACAUUACAGAGUUCUAGGAAAAGGCGGAUUUGGAGAGGUUUGUGCCUGUCAAGUGCGAGCCACGGGAAAAAUGUAUGCCUGUAAAAAGCUAGGAAAGAAAAGAAUAAAGAGGAGGAAAGGGGAAGCUAUGGCUCUCAAUGAAAAAAGAAUCCUAGAAAAAGUGCACAGUAGAUUUGUAGUUAGCUUAUGCUACACUUACGAAACCAAAGAUUACUUGUGCUUGGUGCUAACCAUUAUGAAUGGAGGGGACUUGAAGUUUCACAUUUACAACUUGGGCAACCCCGGCUUCGAAGAGCAGAGAGCUAUUUUCUAUGCUGCAGAGCUGUGCUGUGGCUUAGAGGAUUUGCAGAGGGAAAGAAUUGUGUACAGAGACUUAAAGCCUGAGAACAUCCUCCUCGAUGACCAUGCUCCCGAAGUUCUCAAUCGUGAAAGGUAUACAUUUAGUCCUGAUUGGUGGGGACUUGGCUGUCUGAUAUACGAAAUGAUUCAGGGACAUUCUCCGUUCAGAAAAUUCAAAGAGAAGGUUAAUAGGGAGGAGGUGGAGCGGAGAGUGAAGCAGGAGACAGAGCGGUACUCCGAGAAGUUCUCCGAGGACGCCAAGUCCAUCUGCACCCUGCUGCUCACCAAGGAUCCCAAGCAACGCCUGGGCUGCAGGGGCGAAGGAGUGGCUGAAGUCCGGGGACACCCUGUGUUCAGGGACAUUAACUUCAAGAGGCUGGAGGCCCACCUGUCAGACCCCCCUUUCCGUCCUGACCCGCAGGCGGUUUACUGCAGGGACGUCCUGGACAUCGAGCAGUUCUCCACGGUGAAGGGCGUCCAGCUGGACAGCACCGACUACACCUUCUACAGCCAGUUCGUCACGGGCCGUGUCUCCAUCCCCUGGCAGAACGAGAUGAUCCAGUCUGAAUGUUUCAAGGACAUCAACGAAAGCGGAAACGUGGCAUUAGAUCCAGAAGACGGGACAUAUCAACCAGCUCCCGGACAGAAGAGAGGCUUCUUCCACAGACUCUUCACUCGAGGGGUAAAACUUUCUUUGUCCAGCUUUCUUUUUUCAGUGCCUGUUAUGUAAGAUAAUUUACAUAGUUUGAAAGCCAGCCAUAAGGUGCAGUUUGAGCCCAGCGAGAAGAAUCCUCACAAUGAUGUUUGCUAUUGGUACGAAAACUGUUCUGAUGCGAAAAGAAGAAAUGGCUUACGACACUCGAAAGGAGAUCCGUCUGUCGAUGAGAAAGCAUUUCACGCCAGGCUCAGAAAUCAGCUUCUUGUAGAACCACCAUAAAACUGCACGCCAUUUCAAUUUCUGCCUUCCGCGUUCUGAUUCUUUUUUUUUUUGGCUGCAUUGGGUCUUAGCUGCGGCACGCGGGAUCUUUCUUUGGGGCACACAGGCUUCUCUCUAGUUGCGGCUCAGUAGUUGCGGCACGCAGGCUUAGUUGCCCCGUGGCAUAUGGGAUCUAGUUCCCUGACCAGGGAUCAGACCUGCGUCCCCUGAAUUGGAAGGUGUAAUCUUAACCCCUGGAGCACCAGGGAAGUCCCCGUGUUCUGAUCCUUGGAGCUGUCAUGUCAUUCGCCGCGAUCACAGGGAAAGCUGAUUUUCUUUUGAACAUGGAAGAGUGGUUUGGAGAGACUUUCUGUGGUAGCAUUAAAUUUAGGAAUUUUUUCCAAGUCUCCUCGGACCAGUGGAUUAUCCUGCCGUGAAGCCCGUCUGUUCCCGAGGGAUCUGUGCCGAGGCUGUCCGCUAACAUCCGUGGUUUUUCACUACAGACCCAGAGUGUGUGCCCACGUUUCCUCUGCGGACUGGGGGCUGGGCGGGAGUUAACCCCGUCCUUCUCUGGGACCGAGUGUCUCUCGGUGCCCGUCGUCUCCGGUCCACACCGUGGGGGCCUUCAGGGACCCUCCGGCCGCUGGAAUCCAUGCAGAUGCGGUCGUUCGGAAGGAAGGAGCCGCGCACCGCGCGCUGCUGAGCUGGGUGGUGAGCGCGGGGUGAGGUACGCGGCGUGAGUGCAGGACGCAUGGGCGACGCCGUCUCUGCGCGAACCAAGCAGCCGCGGGACGUGACGCGCACGGGAGGGAAUUCACGGGUUUCCCUGCCUCGAAGUCAGCACCCCCCGCCACGUUGUCACGGCCACUUAAGGCAGGUCAGCGACUUGCAUCAGAAGGGCGCCUGACAGGCCUUCUGCGGCUGCA